CUCUGUCUUGUAGGCUGUGGACAGAUUAUGCUGCGUGCAUUUCAAGCUCUUUCACAGCAGUAAAUCCGCAGGCAUUGGGUUGAAUGCGUUCUAAAGUGAAACAGAAACACCAAGGCAUUGUGUCAGUUUAUAACAUUUGUAUUUCUGUGAAGUCAAAUGAAAUUUUGUUUCCAUAUCGAUGAACCUUCUGGAGGUUGCCUCAUCAAAUGAAAAACUUGCUCACUGGCAAAGAAUCUCUCAUUAUUGCCAGCUACUUACUUUUAAGGCUCUGAAGCAACAAAACCGUUCAAAUAAAUUGGGAGAGUUUGUCAUUUUGCUCCUUGAUAAAAUGCAAGCACAGGAAAUUUUAAGGAGCUUGCGGUUGCCUGACAUUGACGACUUCUGGAAAUUCUUUCAUAAUUUACCAGCCCCAACAUUGGUUGGGUUGGGAGCAUUUGCAGCCAUAGUAGCCUAUUGGAUAGCAACGAGGCCUAGACCUAUAAAACCACCAUGUGACCUCACAAAGCAAUCAGAAGUUGUUGAGGGCAUGGAUGGAGCUCACCGGUCGAUGCUUGGUGACGGUCCUAAAUUACUAACACACUACUAUGAUGAUGCCAGAACAAUGUAUGAGGUCUUUCAAAGGGGGUUGCAUAUUACAGGAGAUGGCCCUUGCUUAGGCUUCAGAAAAGCAAAGCAACCUUACCAAUGGCUGUCAUACAAAGAGGUAACAAAAAGAGCAGAAUAUCUGGGUUCAGGGUUGCUUCAGCAAGGCUGUAGACCAUCUCCAGACCAGUUUAUUGGAGUCUUUGCACAAAACCGACCUGAGUGGAUCAUCUCUGAGUUGGCAUGCUACACUUACUCCAUGGUUGUUGUACCACUUUAUGACACACUGGGGCCUGGAGCAGUUCAGUAUAUUAUCAACACAGCUGAUAUCUCUACAGUUAUCUGUGAUAAGCCAGAAAAGGCCAAAGUGCUUUUGAAAAGUGUGGAAAAAGGAGAGACUCCAGGACUAAAGUCAAUUAUCUUGAUGGAUCCAUUUAGUGAAGAUUUAAUAGAAAGAGGAAAGGAAUGUCACGUUGUUAUCCAAACCAUGGAGGAAGUAGAGGAUCUCGGGAGAAAAAAUAAACGCAUUCCAAUGCCUCCAGGCCCAGAUGAUCUGUCCAUUGUGUGCUUUACAAGUGGAACAACAGGAAAACCUAAGGGUGUUAUGCUAACACAUGGGAAUGUUGUCGCUGAUUUUUCUGGCUUUCUAAAAGUGACAGAGAAAGUGAUAUUUCCGAAUCAGGAUGAUGUGCUAAUCUCCUUCCUACCUCUCGCUCACAUGUUUGAAAGAGUUAUUCAGAGUCAGUUAUCUCCUACUUCCGAGGAUGUACACAUUUCCUAUUUGCCUUUAGCUCACAUGUUUGAAAGGAUGGUGCAGUCAGUUGUUUACUGCAAUGGAGGUCGUAUCGGUUUCUUCCAAGGUGACAUUCGACUUCUCUCUGAUGACAUGAAAACAUUGCGUCCAACUAUCUUCCCUGUAGUUCCAAGACUGCUCAACCGAAUGUAUGAUAAGAUUUUUAGUCAAGCAAACACCCCACUAAAACGGUGGCUUCUGGAGUUCGCUGCAAAAAGAAAAGAAGCUGAAGUUCGAAAUGGUAUAAUUCGCAGUGACAGCUUAUGGGACAGGCUUUUCUUCAACAAAGUACAGGCGAGCCUUGGCGGGAAGCUCAGAAUGAUCGUCACAGGAGCAGCUCCAGCCUCUCCAUCUGUGCUAAGCUUUCUAAGAGCAGUGCUAGGAUGCCAGGUAUAUGAGGGUUAUGGCCAGACAGAGUGUACAGCAGGAUGUACCUUCACAACUCCUGGCGACUGGACAUCUGGUCAUGUUGGUGCUCCAAUUCCUUGUAAUCUAAUCAAACUGGUGGAUGUCGAAGAUAUGAAUUAUUUUGCUGCUAAAGAUGAAGGAGAGAUUUGUGUGAAGGGGUCAAAUGUGUUUAAAGGCUACCUCAAAGAUAAAGAGAAGUCAGCAGAAGCCUUAGAUGAAGAUGGCUGGCUUCAUACUGGAGAUAUUGGAAAGUGGUUGCCUAAUGGUACUUUAAAAAUUAUUGAUCGAAAAAAGCACAUAUUCAAGCUUGCUCAAGGAGAAUACAUUGCUCCAGAGAAGAUAGAAAACAUCUACAUACGCAGUGAACCUGUAGCACAGUUAUACAUCCAUGGAGACAGUUUGCAGUCCUGCUUGGUUGGCAUUGUUGUUCCUGACCAAGAAGUUAUGCCAUCCUGGGCAGAGAAAAGAGGAUUUGAAGGCACAUAUCAAGAACUCUGUCAGAAUAAGGACCUUAAGAAAGCAAUAAUGGAAGAUAUGGUGAGGUUAGGAAAAGAAAGUGGCCUUUGUUCAUUUGAACAGGUUAAAGACAUUUAUAUCUUUCCUGAAAUGUUUUCUGUGCAAAAUGGACUGCUAACACCGACUUUGAAAGCAAAGAGGCCUGAGUUAAGAGAACACUUUAAAAAACAAAUUGAAGAGUUGUAUGCUGGUAUCUCUAUGUAAUCGUUCAGAUAAUCAUCCCAUAUCAAUGAUUUUCACAGCAAUAUUAUAUUAAUUGAAAGUCUUUGACUGCCCUUAACAACUAUGUACACAGCUGAUUGACCUCUUCAGAUACCUUACAGUAUAAUCUGAAAUCAGAAACUUUUCAACAUCACCAGCCACAGAUUUGGACUUCGUUAAUCACCAGGGAAUUAUCUUAAUCGAUACAGUUACCAGUGUAUGGAUGGGCUAUUUUUGAUUUUUGAAUAUCUGUCACUGCAGACAGACUGUGGAAAAGAGAUAUUUUCUUGCACUUCAAAUGUCCCUCAUGCUGCAACUAAUUAAUAUAGUAUGUAUCCACUUUUGAACUAUUUGUUUUCUCUAAAAAUGCAAGCAAUUAGGAGUUUGUGUGAAGCAUGCAUAUUAUGCAUGCGUUGUACCAUUUGGAUAGAACUUAGGCCAAAACAAGUCUGAAAAAUAAAGUCACAGGCAUUAUAUAAACAUUCAUCUAAUGUAGAAGAGUAACAGAGCUUUAAAAUAUAAUUUUUCAUUGUAAGUGUUAAUACUGUUGUUUCACAACAGUGUUGCUCUAAUGACAUAUAUAAAAAUUAAUAAAAAAAAUAUUCAUCUGUC